AUGGAAGAACAACAUUAUAUCAUGUCUUACAGAAGAAAAAAUGAAGCCAAAACUCCGUUCAUAGCCACAAGUUCGCGUCUUGGUUUAGGAUACAUAUGCAGAGGAUAUGAUAUAUACAAGGGAAACCCAGUGAGUGACGAAGGAGAAGUUGACCAGGGAUUUCGCCUUCCUGUCUUAGACUUACCUUUUAACUUUCGUUUUACUGCUGAUGGCGAGUACAGGAUUCCGGACAACGUUGACGUUAUUUCUGAGACAAGUGCUUCAUUCGGAUCGUCUUACCAUCAAGUUAAAACUGAAACAGAUUACCAAAGCAUGCUGCAGGUGGAUGUGUCAGUCCACGGAAAAGCUAAAGGUUUUGGUUUUAGUGGAAGUUUUAUGGCCAGCACAUCAUACCAGAAAACGGUUAAAGAAAUGACAAAAGGAGAAACAACUACCUUAGACAUUGUCGGUAGAGCUAAUGUUUACAAAGCUAGAUUGUCGACAGAUGGAGCAAUGUCCAAGCUGAGUGAUUUUCUUGAAGACAACAUCAGAGCCUUGCCGAGUGAUAAUUGCGAAGAAGAUGUAAUACAGCAGAGAUAUAUUCAACUAGUUGAACAAUUUGGAACUCAUUACACGACCGAGGUUGUUAUGGGAGCAAAAUCAGUACAAGAAUUUAGGUUCAAAAAUUCUGAUCUAGAUAGAUUUCAAUCUGUUGGCAUCUCGGUAAAGGCUGCAGCUGAGCUUUCUUCUACUUUUGGAGCAAGUGGAGGGUUUAGUGUUGGAGUUAACAGUAACCAACAGAUGAGGGAAAUGGUAUCAAACACCGAAAAAGAACAGAGAGAAUAUUAUAUUGGUGGGAGUGCUCCAUCCGGGGACUACACUGCAGGAUCAACAGAAAGUUUAAGAGAAUGGUCGAGAUCUGCAGCUGAAAAUCCAGCGCCUAUACAAUAUAAAUUGUCGUCGAUUGAUGCACUUAUUAAACCAGAAUACUUCAAACGACCUAUAUCGGAUCUGUAUGAAAGAAGAAAAUGUUUACGUAAAGCACUUUUUAUGUACUGUACACGGACGAUAGAGGCGAACUACUGUAGUCUUUUAUCUGAAUCGAAUGGGACAACCAAUUCUUUCAAGUUUGGUGAUUUUGUAAAAAUCAGAAAUGACGAUUCAUAUUUGGCACUAUCGCAACAUUAUGGAAUAUCACCAGGACUAACAAUUAAGCCAUUGACCACAGUUUCUGCAAUAACAAACUACGACGGAUUAUUCCAAAUUGUACCACCAGAGGGUAUCAACAAAUUAGGAAUAAAUGUUCAUUAUGGAGAACCAUUUCUUCUGAAGACGAUAGAGGGCGAUAUGCUGCAUAUGGGAAAAGCGAUGAUUUUAAAUACAGAUAUGCCGGCAGAAGCCAGACUUCUGGAUGUCUUAAAUAAUAAAGACGAAGAAAGAUCAGUCAACAUUAGCCAUAGUAAAAUAACUGACUUCUCCAUUUUUCUAAAAAAGACGAAAGCUUGUUCGUACGUAAUAUAUUUGCAUUACUUCUGUGUCUGGCAAGAAAAACUCACGUUCCAAGUACAAAUGAUUGGAAGAGAAGGAACACUCAACGGUGUUGUAAAAACUAACUGUCCUUGUACAAGACAUAGAUGUGGAUGGAGAUGGUUCCAUGGUAUUCUUAUCGAUUACGACAUAGGAUAUAUAGAUGCUAUAAGAAUUAUGGGUCUAUAUGGUGCAGUUACAAACAAUAUAAAUAAAUUAAGAAUUAAAUCUUUACUGAAUGGGGAAAAAAGAGAGCUCAACUGGAACCAGGGUCACUGUAGCGGUCGUGUAUACGAAAUCAGAAGAAGUAUCGCGAGGAGAACAGUAAAACUGGAUUUAGAUUUAUAUCCAGUUCAGUUUACAUUACACAGUACAUAUAAGGCUAACUUACAAGGACAGCCUGUUAAAUUGGGCGACACUAGUUUUAUUCAUGUUUUAUCUUCAAUGCCAAGAAAAUCUUUCUGGGACCAGGGAAUUACACAGUUGAUGAGUGUAGAAAGUAUGGGUAAAGUAGGAAUCAAAGAAAUAGGACCAGGAGCACAUCAACCUAUUUCAGCAGUUUGUAGUGGUUUUAUAUAUCCCAGCCCUUCCGACUUCAGCCAUCGUCAUGAUUUUACUGAUCGUAUUUUAAUUUCGUUUGAUGUCAACGUCAUGGUGAACUAUGUUGAGAUAGAAUCUGAAGAUGCUACACUUAACACAACUGCCUUUAAUAUACAAUAUGUAAACGAAGAAAACGAAGCAUUCAUGGACAUACCUGAAGUUCAACUUGAAAGAAUACUCAUUAAUAACACACUGAAUAUAACAUUGAAAUCGUCGAUGUACACUACCGCUAUUAAUAUUUAUUCUACCAAGGAGAUUCCGGAAGACACAAAUCUAACUCAAACUAUCACAAUGAUCGUUGUGAGUGGUUGUCCUAAAGCAGCCAUAGAUACCGGCAAUACAAAUACCAGUAAACAAGAAUGGAAGAUAACUCUCAGCGAAAAUCUGAUUCAGAAAUCACCCUAUCUAAAGGUUAUCUCGAGGUCGAGUAACACUAUAGAUCCAGUAGAGUUAUUUAAGCUAACCGAAUUGCCUGUUACUGGAUCAUUUUCGAUUACGGUUCCUUUAUUGGAAAGUCAGUUCGAUUGUAAUUUUACUGCUGAAUCGUUACAAAGUUAUCUAGAAAAAGCAAUCAGUGUCUCGGAUCUUAAAUUUGAAAAUUUAAAACUUACAAGAAGAUCUCAUAAUAAUGGCGAAGAAGUAUUUAUUUCAGUUAAUUUAAUAGGUAUCAACCGCAUUGAAUAUGACCAAGGAUUUAUGUCACUGAACAGCACCAUGAGGUCAGCAAUCAGAAGUAUGACCUGUUCCACGGACACUGGUCAAACGUUACCACAAAGCGGUCCAUCAAAAAUUACAAGUCAAUCUUCGUCAUCUUCAACAUCUACUGGAACUAUUGUCGGCUUCACCAUUAUAGGUCUUCUCCUUUUUACCAUCUUGUUGUUUUUAGUUUGUAAAGCAUACCGAGAAUCAACCGAUAAGAAAGGAAUAGUAAGACGAGAAUACAUUCCGCAGACAAAUGUAAACAGAACUUUUAACGAGUAUGACACUGAAGAUACUGGUAAUGGACACGAGCUUUAUAUUAACGAACAAGCAUGAUGAGAGGACUUUUUAAUUCGUAAAAACUGUAAUGUAAUAACAAAUAAUUAUAUGAAUGUAACUUAUCUAUUUCUUUAAUUCUUGCUAUUCUUAUUGAAUGAACUAUUAACAUUUAUACACGCAUUUUGUUAUAUAUAUAUAUAUAUAUUAAAAUA